AUGGCACUCAACUUACUUCCGCGUAAUUCAUUCACAACCCAUAGCGGUAACGUGUACUCCUUCAUCUCUAUCAAACCCACAUCCCGCAACACGACACUCUUGUUCCUCCACGGCUUCCCAUCCACCCUCAACGACUGGAUCCAUCAAAUUCGGUACUUCUCUUCAGAAGGCUAUGGUGUCGUAGCGCUGGACAUGCUCGGGUACGGCGAGAGCUGCAAACCCGAACAUGUCACACAGUAUCGUCUUGAACCAAUGAGCGAUCAAGUAAUUGAGCUUUUAGAUCAUCUCGAAUUGAAGACUGUUGUUGGAGUAGGUCACGACUUUGGCGCGACGCUACUAUCACGAAUAGCAGCCUAUCAUCCAUCACGUUGGGAAUCCCUCGUUUUUCUGGCUGUUGGUCCACCGCCGCUUGGAACGCCCUUUGACGUAGACUUGGUCAACCAGAUGACCAAGCAAAUUCUGGGUUAUGAGAUGCUCGGUUAUAUACCCUGGCUGGCAGACCUCAACUCCCAGGAUAUCCUUGAGAAAAAUGCUGAGGCGGCUAUGAGCUUGAUGUUCUGUCGUGAUCGGGAGGCGUGGGAGGAGUGGUUUCAUCCCCUCGGGAAGAUGCAUGACUUUGUGCGAGAGAAUCGCAGACUUCCCAUCGCAUCGUGGUACACUCGAGACCUUCAAGAGGCCCACCUAAGGUCCUUUGGCUCACCGGAUGGAUACAAGGGUGUUUGUCGAUGGUAUCGCAUGUGGAAGGACAACCUCUUUGCGCCCGAUGAGAAGGGUUUCGAAAACUUCAAGAUCCGACAACCAGUUCUCUUCAUUGUACCUUCUCACCCUCAAGAGUCAAUGGCCCAGCAACAACAAAUGCUCUCAUCAUGGUCUUGA